AUGAGCCGCUUGAGACGAGCCGCGCAGGUCGCCGGGGGAGCUCUAGGAAGGCCCGUCUGCCGGAGGCUUCCCGGGCUCUUCCUUCCCGCAACGGAUGAAGCGCGGGCGUCGUUAGGUCACCGAAGCGCUCCGACUUCUCCGGUCAGCGAAACCGACCCCACCAUCAUGGCUGCCAAGACCGCCCGCCCUUCCCUCCGCGCGGGAGGCGCGUCUCUCUGCGCAUGCUCCGCAGGUUCCGUUGCUCAGGGGUCUAGCGAGGAAAGGGGCUCGCCGAGUUGCUGCGGCGAAAAAAGAACGAUGGUAUCGUCUCUGUACUCGAUCGUUGCUGUGUGCAACAACAUGGGCAUUGGAAAAGGCGGGAAGCUUCCGUGGCCUCCGCUCAGGAAUGAGUAUAAGCAUUUUCAGAAAAUGACAAUGACAACUAAAGAAGAAGGAAAGCAAAAUGUGGUCAUAAUGGGUAGGAAGACUUGGUUCUCCAUCCCUGAGAAACAUCGUCCUUUAAAAAACAGAAUUAAUAUAGUACUUAGUAAAGAACUGAAGGACGUUCCUGAAGGAGCCAAUUACUUGGCUAAAAGUCUGGAAGAAGCCCUAGAUCAUCUUGAAACACCAGAGAUGAAAAGAAAGGUAGACAAGGUUUGGAUAGUUGGAGGAAGCUCAAUAUAUAAGGAAGCAAUGGAGAAGCCAAUCUAUCACCAACUGUUUGUGACAAGAAUUAUGCAUGACUUUGAAAGUGAUACAUUUUUUCCAGAAAUUGAUCUUAAAAAAUACAGACUUCUACCUAAUUAUACAGGUAUCCCUGUUGAUAUCCAGGAAGAGAAUGGAAUUCAGUAUAAAUUUGAAGUUUAUGAAAAUAUCAUCUAGACCUUAUUUGAUAUGAGCAAAAUUACCCUUUAGAUCUAAAUCUUUUUGCAGAAUUAAUCAAGACUUUUGCCUGCAUUUUAUUCUGUACAAGAAGAAAAAAAGUGCCUUUGUGCUCAUCCUUAGCCCAUUCAUUGAAGCUAUUGUGCAAAAAAAAAAAAAAUUCCCCUGUAGCCGUUCCACUGAGAAUUGCUGCCUCUGCUGUAAGCAAAGACAGUUUUAUUUGCAAAUAUAGCUCAGUUUAGCUGUUGAAAAAUCAGGAAGAGGAGCAUCUGUAUUACAUAUUUCAUGCCAGAAAGCAGGUGAAAAUCAUAAUUCUGAAGGUUGUAAGAUGUAUUUCUGAAUUAAUGUUAAUAAUUAAAAAGAUAAAAGAAGUUUCUUUUCUAUUGUUCAACUCUAACUCUUUCAUGUUCAUAAAUAUUUGUACUAUUAAAUACAUUCCAUGUUUAUUUUUCAUUAAUAAAAUAAUGUAUUCUAAAAUCCUGC